GUGUUCACUUUCUUCAAAAAGUGUUAUCUUACUUUCAUAUUUUCUAAGGACAAAAAUCUUUAAGAAUGUGCAAAGAAGUGAAUAAAGACAUACAUCCACAUAAAACUAUAGAUAUCGCAGGGAUUUUAGAAAAAUUCGGCCAAUAUCAAAUGUGGCAGUAUUUCUUAAUAUGCCUACCGACUAUUUUUGUUUCCAUGACGAACGUGAACUACGUGUUUGUUGCUGGAGAAGUUAAUCACAGAUGUCGUGUUCCGGAGUGCGAAUCCACGAAUCCAGUAUUUUCGCCAAACUGGUGGCCAGACUCGGCUAUCGGCAGUUGCGAUAAACCUAUUCUAAACCUUACCUCAUUAGAAAAUGACUCCGUUUGUACUAACACGAGCUUCACAGCCAGCUUGGAGAAAUGUACAGACUUAUUGUAUGAAAAUAAUGACACUAUAGUAGCUGAGUUCAAUCUUGGUUGCGAGCCAUUCAAAGUGAGCUUUGUGGGAACUAUUCGUGGUAUUGGAUCUAUAAUAGCAGUAGUGGUAGCUGGUUGGAUGAGUGACAGGUUUGGACGCAAGCCUACCAUAAUUUUAGGAGCUGUUGCGUGCGUCCUAGGAAAUUUAAAGGUAUUAGCAAGAUACGAAGUAUAUUUGUUUAUUGAAUUUCUGGAAGCAGCUAUUGCAUUAGCUGUAUACACAGCAGGACCAGUGUUAAUGUCAGAAAGUAGUACUUCUAAAACUAGGACUCUGGCAGGAGUUUUGUUCGCUUACUCUGUUUACAUGGGGGAAGCACUUCUAGCUUGUGCUGCUAUGGGACUACCCUACUGGAAACAUUUACUUCACGUUAUAUGUAGCCCACCUUUGCUUUUUAUUUCGUACAUACUCAUCAUGGAUGAGAGUUUGAGAUGGCAAAUUAUAACCGGUAGAUUAGAUAAAGCGAGGAUCACACUUCAACGAAUCAUGCAAAUUAAUAAAUUUGAAUAUGAAAACGGUAAAGUUGAAAAUAUUACAGACGACGAAAUUAGAAAAGCACUGAACGUAAAUGAAGGGGAAAAGAAAGAAGGAACGAAAGAUAUAUUUAAAUCAAAACUAAUAGUAAUAAGACUCGUAGCAGGAACAAUCUGGAGGUUAUCAGUUAGUUUUAUAUACUAUACACUCGUAGUAAAUUCUGUAUAUUUACCGGGCAACAAGUAUACAAACUUUCUGUUGUCCGCUUUGACUUCUUUUCCUGGUGAAUUAUUUUCAAUGUACUUGAUGAAUAAGUUCGGUAGAAGAAAACCUUUGAUGGCUGGAUUUCUGGUGUGUGGCGCAACAUGUAUAGCCAGUUCUUAUGUACCCAAUGAUCUAACGUGGUUGAAGAUUCUUUUAUUUUUGAUUGGCAAACUCUUGGCUUCAGCGAGUUUUACCGCUUCGGUAGUGUACACGUUGGAACUGUUUCCUACAAGCGUGCGAGGUUUCUGCAGUGGGAUAUGCACACUAGCCGCAUGUGUGGGGACGAUGCUAGCUCCGCUCACUCCUGCAUUGAGUGCAGUUUCUCCGAUCCUCACUUCUUUUUGCAUUGGGUUGUUAUCUGUUGUUUCUUUUACUUUAUUAUUUACAACACCUGAGACGCACGGCAAGGCUCUAUCUAAUACUAUAGAGGAAAUAACAGCAGAGAGCCGUAAAGAAGCAAACUCUCCGUGAAUAAUAAACGUGAAGGGACCUACAAUUUAGUAAAGAAGAAAACGAACAUUUCGCGCCAGAAGUAACAAUAUCUAUAAUAUUUGUUGAUAGAAGAAUAAUUGUUUU